AUGUCGUUCCGCGGUCGAGGACGAGGCGGAGGAUUUAGCAGAGGCGGCGGAGGAGACGCUGGUGGAAGAGGUGGAUUUCGAGGCGGUCGUGGAGGGUUCCAGCAGCCAUACGGACCUCCAGACCAAGUCUACGAAAUGGGCCAAUUCAUGCACGCAACCGAAGGCGAAAUGGUCUGCGAGUCCGUAAACGUCAAGAUUCCCUACUUCAACGCCCCCAUCUACCUCGAGAACAAGACCCCGAUCGGCAAAGUUGACGAGAUCCUCGGCCCACUCAACCAAGUCUACUUCACAAUCAAGCCACAGGAAGGAAUCCAGGCAACAUCGUUCAAGACUGGCGACAAGGUCUACAUUGGCGGCGACAAGCUCCUACCGCUCGAGAAGUUCCUGCCCAAGCCCAAGCCUCCGCCCGGCGCGCCCAAGGUCAAGAAGCCAAAGGGUGCAGGUGGUGAUCGCGGCCGCGGUGGACGAGGCGGAGGAUUCAGCAGGGGUGGACGUGGAGCGCCAAGAGGACGGGGUGGAUUCGGCGGUGACAGAGGCAGGGGCGGUGCAAGAGGCGGAAGCAGGGGUGGCUUCUCUGGCAGCGGUGGCUUCUCCCGAGGUGGUGGCGGUGGCUUUGGCGGCCGAGGAAGAGGUGCGCCCAGAGGUAGGGGAUACUAG